UUUAUUUAUCUUUUAUUAUUUAUUUCUUUAUUAUUCAUAUAUUCUUAGUUGAUAAUAGUAUUAGUAUUCUUUGUUUUAAAGUAUAGAUAAUCUAUUAUUUUUUUUUUUAAAUUCUAUUUUAAUUGUUAAUAAAAAAUAUUUUAUCGAUAAGUAUGACAAUAAUAAAAAAGUUUCUUGAGUUUAGGUAUUAAAAGCUUCAACUUAUUAAAAGCAUAGCAAAAUAUAUAAGAUGUUCAAAAUUAUGGAUAAAAUAACAUCGUGCGAAGAUAGAGAGUUUCUCUCCAUUUCGAAGAUAGCAUUUAGAAAAUUCAUUAAUUAUUUGUUUUUUAUAAAAUUUUCUUUACUUCUAAAUUUGAAUCUAGAACUUUAAAUAAAUUUUUCAUCAAUUUUAAUAUAAAAUUUUUUUCAAUUAAUUAUUUCUUAACAAUUAAUACAUCAUAGAAAUUAAUAAUGAAAAAAUUGAAGAUGCCAUAUUAAAAAUUCAUUAAUUUCUCAUAUAUGUAAUAUAUUAUUUUCUACUAAAAAUUUUGGUACUUUCAAAUUCAUAUUUUGAAAUUAGAAUUUCAAUGAGAUUUUCAAUUUUUAUUUUUAUUAUUAUUAUUACAAAAUUCUCUUUAAUAAAUAAUUUAUUGUCAAUUAAUGUAUUAUAUCGAAUCAAUUAAUAAUACACAAGAUUUAUUAAUUUCUCAUUACUAUAAAAUUUAUUUUUAAAUAUGAUUAUAUACAUUUAAAAUUUAUAGGUUUAUAUAUAAAUUUUACUUACAAUUUUACUAUGAUUUAAAUAAAUAAAUUAAUUAUUUGAUACUUAAUUAUGUAUUAGAGACUUGUGCUUAAGAUUCUAAAAAAAAUUUGCAUUAAAAUCAAUACAAAGUUGCUUAAAACUCUUGUAAACUUAGAAAUAUUGAAAUUUUAAGUAGAAAACUAUAUAAUUAAUGAUUUUUUUAUAUAUCAUCCUUAAAAAUAUUAAUGUUUUUGAUCCUUUUCGAAUAAUAAUGUCUGUAACCUUGUAUCCUUGCAUAAUCUGCUAUGCUAACAACAAAUCGAAGCUUCAGAUUCAAACGUGAACCGGUGUUGAUCGAAAACUUUUGAUUCGUUGCUUUUAUCAGUAAAAUUAUUUUAUUAGAAUGGAAUUUGAAAUGUGGAAAAGAAAUGUAUUAAAUUAACUAUAAUUCAAAAAUUUUUUAAGUGAAAAUGUAUAUAGAAAUGUAAAGAUGAAUAAUAAGAUUAUAUAUAUUAAUGUAUAAAUAUGUAUUAAUUUAUUUUUAAUUUAAAUAUAAUAAAAUAUAAAUAAAAAUAAAUAGAAGUGCGAAUUUUAUUUAGAACAAUGCUAUCGAUAAUUCACUUUCCGAUAAUUCGAAUUUAUUUUUUUAUUAUUUAUUAUCUGAUAAAGCAUUUUUAAAAGAUACAAUUGAAUAAUGUCAUAUUCUUUAUUUAUUUUCAUUUCACGAAUAAUUAUUUUAGCUGAUAAAAUAAUAAGAAAAAAGUAAUAUUUAAAAAUAAUAUAAAAAAAUAAUAGCAUAACUUAAUAUUAUAUUUAAGAAUUUUUAUUCAUAAUUCAGUUGAAGAUAAUACUUUUAAUGUACAUUAUAUUAUAUAAUAUCCUUUUUAUGAAUCUUUUAUAAAAUUUGGUACAUAUUUUAUAUGUACAAUUUUCAUAUAUUGUACAUCAUAUAUAUCACAAAAUAAAUAUAUUAAAAAGAAUUAUUUGUAUUGAAUUAUUUUUUUUUAUAUUAAUUUCAUUUUUUGAUUUAUUUCUUAUUAAUCUGUUUUGAUAAAAUCAAAAUGAUAAAUUCUUUAAUCUGAUAAGAAUAUAAUAAUGAUAAUAUAGUAUUUCAGUUUUAAUGAUGUAUAAUGAAUGAUUUAUAAUUUAUUUAAAAAAUAAGUAUUUUAUAUAAAUUUAAUAUAAUGAGAAAAUUUAAAAAAAAAAAUUAAUAGUAUUAAAAAUUUAUUAAAAAAUUAAGAAAAAAUUACUAAAUGAGCAUUGCAAUAUUACUUUCACUUUAUUCACUUAAUCCAUAUGGUAACAAAAGGUAUUAUAUACGCGAAGAAAAAUUUUUAUACAGAUAUUUUUUCAUAUAAAAAAUUAAUAAACAAUGGAAUUUUCUCAAUUAGAAAAUAUUGUUAAUAUCAAUUAUAUGAAAAAAUCCAGUGAUAAUAUUCAAUAUGGAACAGCUGGUUUUAGAACAAAGGCAGAUAUUCUAGGACAUGUUUUAUAUAGAAUGGGAUUAUUAGCAGUAUUAAGAUCUAAAGUUAAAAAUGCUGCAAUUGGUUUAAUGAUUACGGCAAGUCAUAAUCUUGAAUGUGAUAAUGGUGUAAAACUUAUAGAUCCAGCUGGUGAAAUGUUAGAAGCAACUUGGGAACAUAUAGCUACUAACUUAGUUAAUACAGAAGAUUUAAAUUUAGUUUCUAUGAUAAAGCAUAUUAUAAAAGAACAAAAUAUUAAUAUGUCUAUAAAUGCAACUGUAAUAACUGGUAGAGAUACUAGAAAAAGUAGUCCAGCAUUAUUAAAUGCUGCUAUUACAGGAAUUCAAGCCUUAAAUGGAAUUGUAAAAGAUUUUGGUAUAGUUACAACUCCUCAAUUGCAUUAUCUAGUUGUAUGUAUUAAUACAGAUGGUAGUUAUGGUAUGCCUACAUUACAUGGUUAUUAUGAAAAAUUAUCAGAAGCAUUUAAACAUAUAAGAAAAGAUAAAAUUAAUAAUGAGCAGUAUAUCGCAGAAUUAUUAUUAGAUGCUGCUAAUGGUGUUGGAGCUAUUGCUACAAAAGAAUUUCAAAAUUAUCUAGGAAAAACAAUUGCAAUUAAUAUGUAUAAUGAUGGAAAUGGAGAAUUAAAUUAUAUGUGUGGAGCUGAUUAUGUCAAAGUGCAUCAAGCACCACCGGUAAAUAUUCCUAUUAAAUCAAAUGUUAGAUGUGUAUCCAUAGAUGGUGAUGCAGAUAGAAUAAUUUAUUUUUAUCUGGAUAAAAAUGAUAAAUUUCAUCUUUUGGAUGGUGAUCGAAUAGCAACACUUAUUGCCACAUAUCUUAAAGAACUUUUACAAGAAAGUCAUUUAUCAUUUCAAAUUGGCUUAGUACAAACAGCAUAUGCCAAUGGUGCUUCUACUGAUUACAUUUCAAAUAUAUUGCAAAUUCCAGUUUCUUGUGUUUCAACUGGUAUUAAAUAUCUACAUAAUAAAGCAUUAGAAUUUGAUAUAGGAAUAUAUUUUGAAGCAAAUGGUCAUGGAACAGUACUUUUUAAAGAAACUACUAUCGAAGCAAUUAAGAAAGCUAUUAUAAAUUCAAAACGGUCUAUAAAAGAGAAAGCAGCUGCCUCUAAAUUAAAAAAUAUAAUAGAUAUAAUUAAUCAAACAGUUGGAGAUGCUCUUAGUGAUUUAUUAUUAGUAGAAACAAUUUUGCAUGCAAAAGGUUGGAAUAUUAUGGAAUGGGAAAAAAUGUACACAGAUUUACCAAAUAAACAAUUAAUGAUAAAAGUUAAUGAUAAAAAUGUUAUAACAACAACUAAUGCAGGAAGACAAUGUUUAACACCUGAAGGAUUACAAGACGAAAUUGAUAAAGUAAUAUUGCGAUAUAAAAGAGGACGAUCUUUUGUAAGACCAUCAGGAACUGAAGAUGUAGUACGAAUAUAUGCAGAAUGUGAAAAUUUAUACGAUCUUAAUAAAUUAAUUAUUGAUGUGGCAUCAUUAGUAUACAAAUAUGCAGGUGGAAUUGGACCUAAACCUCAAUUUGAAUAAUAAAUAAUUUUAUAUUGUUUACGAUAUAAAAAUAACAUUUGUAUUAACAUUUAAUUUUUAUAUAUAAUAAUUAUAAUUUUUAUAAAUUUAUUAUAAAUUUACAAAAUCUUUACAAAAAUGUCUUUUAUUAAUUUAUUAAAAAUUACUAUAUUUUUUAUAAAGAAACAUUAUAUAAUAAAUAAUAAAUAUUCAUAAAGUACAAAUAUGAAAAUUAAGAUCAUAUAUACUAUAUAUAAAAAAUAUAUGUAUAUAAAAACCAA